GGCUACGGUCUCGGAGCGUACAGUGCUUCUGUCACUCGCAUGAUGAUGAUCAGUGAUGGUGUCGUGAAAUUAUGGACCGUUAGACAAUGAAAACAAAGAAAUCUCGAUCAAGAUACACAUGGUUGGCUACAAUGUGGUGUUAUCAAAGGCGGAGGCACAAUAGAGGCUACAGUAGGUAGAGCUCGACGCAUGUGCGCAUCUGCGAGUGAGUCCGCAACCUGCAGUGCUGCAGAUUAUCCGAUAAUCUACAGUAUUCAGCCUACAACGUUGUGGAUUCCAACGGCAGCCUUUAAACAACAACCAGAGAAUUGAAGCGGUGUUGGUUCAGUGAUUCCUGGUUGAUCCUGGCAAAGGAGCUGAUCCUUCAGUCGGGGAACCCGUGGACGACAAUCUCCCAACCACCGUGCCACCACUUCUACCAUGUUCCCAUUCUGCAUGCCAUCAGGGUCGCACCCUCUGGACAAUGCAGGGCUCUUCUCUUUCGCCUCCUUCUCCUGGCUGACGCCCAUCAUGUGGAGGAUCUCCCGCAACAGUCUGGACCAAAGCUCUCUGUUCCUCUCGCCUCACGACGGAGCCAGGACCAAUGGGGACAGGCUAGAGGAGUUGUGGGAGGCGGAGGUGUCUCGUGUGGGACUACAGAAGGCGUCUCUGGUGAAGGUGGUGCUGCUCUUCCAGAGGACCCGUCUCAUGCUCAGUGUCAUGUCCUCCUUCCUCCUGACGGGGGCGCUCUUCUUGGGGCCGGCUGUGUUGGUGUAUAAGAUCCUGAGCUAUGCAGAGACUCCAGGUCAGUACUCCUUGAGCUACGGUUUGGGGAUGUGCUUUGCCCUGUUCUGUUCUGAGAUCAGCAGAACCUUCCUGUAUUCAUUGACAUGGGCCAUCAGCCUGCGCACGGCCACGCGCGUUAAAGGGGCCUUCUCCAUGCUCGCCUUCAGGAAGAUCAUCAGCAUGCGCAUCAUCACCACCGUGUCUGUGGGACAGAUCCUUAACGUGUUGACGGUGGAUAGCAGCCGGAUGUUUGAGGCGGUGGUGUACGGCUCCUACAUGCUGUCUGGCGUGCUGUUGGCACUGCUACUCUGCAUCUCGUACGCCUGCUACAUCCUGGGAUACACCGCCCUCAUCGGAGUCUCCAUCUACCUGGGCUUCAUCCCCAUACAGUUUUGUACUGCCAAGGUGAUAAAUGUCUUUCGGAGGAAGGCUGUCACGGUAACAGACAGCCGAGUGCGCACCAUGAACGAGGUUCUCACCUGCAUCAAGCUCAUCAAGAUGUACGCCUGGGAAGAGUCCUUUGAGAAGAAGAUCACAGAGAUCCGUAAGAAAGAGAAGAGUCUUCUCCAGAGGGCAGGUUAUGUGCAGAGUGUGAACACUGCGAACACGGCCAUCGUUCCCGCCCUGGCCACCAUCCUCACGUUUAUCACACACACACUCCUCGGACUCCCCCUGGACCCCUCCACGGCUUUCACCAUCAUGGCUGUCUUUAACACAAUGAACUUCUAUUUGGCCUUCAUGCCCUACUUUAUCAAAUGUCUAGCUGAAGGCAUUGUGUCCCUUUCAAGACUCAAGAAGCUGAUGUUGCUGCAGAACCCUGAGUCCUAUCUGACCCAGAGGAAGGGGCUGGGGGCGGCUCUGCUGAUGGAGAACGCCUCCUUCUCCUGGAAGUCACCUGACAGCUCACCUGAGAGUACAAACAACGACACACACACUGAAGAGAACAAACCCACCCUCAGGAACAUCAGCUUCACCCUGCCCAAGGGAAACCUGCUUGGAGUUUGUGGAAAUGUGGGCAGUGGAAAAACGUCACUCAUAUCCAGUGUCCUAGAACAGAUGCACCUGCUGAAGGGGUCUGUGAUAGCAGACGGGACGUUUGCCUACGUUUCCCAGCAGGCCUGGAUCUUCCACGGAUCCGUGAGGGACAACAUCCUCAUGGGACAGCCUUUCAACCAGAAAAGGUAUAAUGACGUCAUCAAGGUAUGCUCUCUCAAGGCAGACUUGGCCAUACUCUGCUACGGUGAUGAAACUGAGAUUGGUGAGCGUGGGCUGAACCUGUCGGGCGGUCAGAAGCAGCGGAUCAGUCUGGCCCGAGCGGUCUACUCGGACCGGGACAUCUACCUGCUGGACGACCCGCUGUCUGCAGUGGACGCUCACGUGGGCAAACACAUCUUUGAGGAGUGUGUGAAGAAAGCCCUGAAGGGCAAGUCUGUCAUCCUGGUCACCCAUCAGCUACAGUACCUGGAGUUCUGUGACGACGUGCUGCUCCUUGAGAACGGUGACAUUAAGGAGGCGGGGACACACACGUCUCUGAUGAAGGCUCAGGGUCGCUACGCUCAGCUCAUCAACAACUUCCAGCUGGAGCAGACGCAGGAGGAACGUAAGGAACCACCAGCUGACCCGCAGCAAAUUGAGGUUCUAGAGCUGUCUGCAGACAAACAAGAGAACAGCGGAGUCAACCCUGAGCUCCAACAGCUGGUCAAACAGGAGGUCACGCAAGAGGGAUCAGUGACUUGGCAGACAUACCACCAGUACUGCAAAGCUGCCGGAGGUUAUAUCCUGAUCUUCUUCAUCAUGCUGAGUUUUUUUCUGCUGGUGGGGAUGACGGCCUUCAGCAACAUGUGGCUAAGCCACUGGAUAGAACAAGGAUCAGGGAACUGGACGAACUCCUCUGUUGAGGGGGCUUCAGCAGGAGACGUGUCGCUGAACCCUGACCUCCACUACUACCACAAGGUCUACGGCCUCUGUGUGGUCGCCAUGGUUACCUUCAGCCUCAUCAAGGGCUUCUCCUUCACCAAGGUGACCAUACACGCCUCCUCCAAACUCCACGACACCAUGUUCCAUAAGAUCCUGUUCAGUCCGAUGAGCUUCUUUGACACGACGCCCACGGGCCGCAUGGUGAACCGCUUCUCCAAGGACCAGGACGAGCUGGACACGGCGCUGCCCCUGAACAUGGACAGCCUGCUGCAGUGCUACCUCAUGAUCUCCUUCACCCUCGUCAUCAUCGCCACCGCCUUCCCCUACAUGCUCUGCGUCCUCGCCGCGCUCGCACCUGUCUUCGCCCUCAUCUUCUAUAUGUCCCAGCAGAGCAUCCGUAAGCUGAAGCGUUUGGAGAACGUGAGCCGUUCACCGUGGAUCUCUCUCACUACCUCAGUCAUCCAGGGCCUCAGCACUAUACACGCCUACGACAAGAGAGAGCAGUAUAUCGAGCAAUUCGAACACAUGGUGGACACCAAUUCGAACCACUUCCUGCUGUUUCAGUGUGGCAUGCGCUGGCUUUAUUUCCGGUUGAGCUUAAUGUCUUCCUCCGUCAUCCUGAUGGUGGCGCUGUUCGUGGUGCUUAGUCCAGGCACCAUCAGCCCCUCCAUGAAGGGCCUGGCCCUCUCCUACACCAUAGAGCUCACCGUACUGCUGUUCUAUAUGGUGACGCUGUCUUCAGAAGUAGAGGCCAGAUUCACCUCCGCCGAGAGGCAGCUGGAGUACAUCACGGGUUGUGUAUCUGAAGCUCCUCGACUGGUGAAGGGGGUUCAUAUUCCGGAAGGUUGGCCCCAACAAGGUUCCAUCACCUUCAAGGACUACAGCAUGCGUUACCGUGACAACACGCCCAUCGUGCUCAAUAGUCUACACCUCACCAUCAAGCCCAAAGAGAAGCUCGGCAUUGUGGGAAGGACUGGAUCUGGUAAGUCGUCUCUGGGCGUGGCAUUGUUCCGCCUGUCUGAGCCAGCAGGGGGCACUGUGCUGAUAGAUGAUGUGAACACCAGUUCCAUCGGCCUGCAGGACCUCAGGAGUCAGCUGUCCGUCAUCCCACAGGACCCAGUGCUCUUCAUAGGAACAGUCAGGCAUAACCUAGACCCGUUUGAUAAGUACAGCGAUGAGGAGAUCUGGCAUGCGGUGGAGAGGACCUACAUGAAGCCCACAAUCUCAAAGCUCCCUGAGGGUCUAGGGGCUCCAGUGGUGGAAAAUGGAGAAAACUUCUCAGUGGGGGAGAGACAGCUGCUGUGUAUGGCCAGAGCACUGCUGAGGAACUCUAGAAUCAUCUUGCUGGAUGAGGCCACAGCCUCUAUUGACUCAGAGACGGACUCUCUGGUGCAGCAGACCAUCCGGGAGGCCUUCAGGGACUGCACUGUCCUGACCAUCGCCCACCGCAUCAACACCGUCCUGCAGAGUGACCGCAUCCUCGUCAUGGACAAUGGACAGGUGGCAGAGCUGGACCCCCCACAGGUUCUGUUGCAGCGGCCAAACUCUCUCUUCUCCUCCCUGCUGGCAGCAGCCAACCAAGUCAACACGUGAUGAAGGACACACACACACACACACACACACACACACACACACACACACACACGCAGACACACACACACUUCUUCAGAUCCAUCUGCAUAUUGACUGCACCCUGUAAUGUUUUUGAAUGUCUUUCAAUUAUUCUAUUUUAUGUACUUUACAUAUUCAUUUUGCCCAUUGCUUACACAUUAGUGUUGUCCCAAUUCCAAAAUUACAAUACAAUACAAUACCUGCCAUAAAUAUCCCGCAGAAAUCUUAAAAUAUCUGGAAACGAGGAUGCAGAUGUUGAAUUUGUGCACUUUUGUAGUGUGCAGGUCAAUUCUGGGUUUUAAUCAACUCUAUUAUUUGUAUAGUGUAAGUCCUAUAUUUUUUGUUAUAGUUGAUUUUCAUUGUGUGUUGUGUUAUGACAACACAUUACCUUUAAAUAGCCAAAUUAGGCUAGAUCAAGGUCAGUGUUCAAAUGACUAUAUGCAAAUCACUCAAUGCUAUGCAGAAUUGCUGCUAGGCCAUCUGAUGUAGGCUACCCUCGGGUGUUUUUGGGAUAUGGGAUAUGGGGGGGAGAAGAUAUUCACACACCGUCUUCUUUGCUCCCAGCGUGAUUUAAUAAGUAUGUUUCAACCACUCAGGUCAGGUACACCAUUACCUGUUGCAAUACGUGUGUGUGUGCAUUCAUACAUUAUGUCUAUACAUUCAUAGUUAACACUAUUUGCUACCACAUUUAGCCUAAGCCACUGUUAUUGUCAGGACUCCACACACUUCAGUGCUGUGCUGUGCUGUGGGCUUUAAGGAGCGCAUUUCCUGUAGCCUAUCCUACAUCUUGGAGAUAAUUAUUGAACAAAUUGCAGUCUAUAUGACAAACAUUACCAGUACUGACAGAAUAUUAAAAAGAUUGUUUGCAAGUUAUGGUUAAGCUACAGUAUACUGGCAUGAACAUUGGGCUUUCAUCGUGUUAGCACACUAUGAUCACAGUCGUUAUGUCUCGUCAAAAUUCACUGAUGAAGGAAGGUUCACUUUAGAAUAAAUCACACUUGGUUCUCUUAGGCUAUAGGCCUAGCCAGUAACUGAGAUGAACUGUGCACUGAUCAUGCAGUGGUGUUUUCUAUAGCCUUCAACUUUCCGUUAACCUGUCGCUCUUUGAACUCGUUGGGAUAUGUCUGAGGUGCUUAGCCAAGUUCUAUGCGUAGCCUACUUCCCCUUGAAUGGCUUUAUUUUACUGAAGAGCCUCGGUGCUAGCCUGGCUUCACCCUCCUCUGGACUUCCGCUCAGUUUUCAUUUCCCUGGAGUACAUUGUCUGGUUCUGUGGUAUGUUCGUGGAUUUUCUCUGGCCAAAAGUGUGCAGGUACAAUCACCGAACAGAGGGAGUAGCUGAGAACGAUGAUGUUGAGGUUGUGCGCUAGUUUGAGCAUGACGUACAGUAUGUCAAAACCAAACGUUAGCGAUUAGUUAUGGCAGGUCCAGAGUGGCUCUGAGCAGAUCCAAUAGUUUUAAACUUCAACCUGCAUUCAAGAAAGUUAACGCUUGGCAAUGGAAAGUGGUCAGACUCUCUGUACAUUAUGAAAUAUGUACGAGUUUGGUAGGAUUUUUUAUCCAUAAACUGAGGACUGUUGAUGUUUACUGCACACUUAGUCCCCCAGAGCUGAGUGGGAGCGGUCCACACAGACAAAGAACGCCAUUAUUUUGAUAUAGUAUCCAUUCUAAACACAUCAGAAAUCGUAUCUCUUUUUUUUGUUGUUUUUGUUGUUGUUUUUUUCUGUGAGGGCAUCGUGAUAUCUUUCUAUUGGUACACCGUGCAACACUAUUAUACAUAAUUUGCAGAAUAUGGAUGAUUAUGUCAAAACUCACACACAACGCAAUAAGUCAUAGCACAUGGAGAUGCAACAACUCACAUACAUGCACAUACAGUAUACUGUCAGUGAAACACUAAUCAAAACCGAACAAUCCUUUCAACAAAUCUGAUUAAUGCAACAAAACCAAACACACGUGCACCAGCUGAAUGACUCAGCAGCAGCACACUGAUGUGCUUCAUGCAAAACACUGUGAUCUUUACUGUCUGUAUUGUAUUUUUAUAUUGCCCUUUGGUGCGUUUAUUUGCUUUUGUAAAGCACAUGGAAUUGCCCCUGUAUGAAAUGCGCUGUAUAAAUAAACUUGCCUUGACUUGCCUUGC